UUUAAUAUUAUACACAUAUUUUUUUAACAAUAAUGUACUGUUGUGGAAACACUCCACUGCGUCUUCGUCUUCAUCACUGCCAAACCUCCUCAACGCCAUGGAAACCCUUGUUCUCUUCGAAUCCACCUCUCUCAUCAGCUCAGCUUCUAGCAUUUCCCUCUUCCAUCUACAAACCGAGCUUUUCAUCUACACAUCAUCUUCUAAUCUAUUCAUCAGCAACAAAAUCGCACUCAAAUGACAAAUUUGGGGAAGAAGACGAUGGAAAUUCCAAUGAAAUAGCUGCGAAAGGGUCUGGAACAACUGCGAGAGGUCGGAGACUGCUCAGGAUUCGAGAGGAGAAGAGGAAGCGUGAAUUCGAUCGUCUCCACAACUAUCCUGCUUGGGCCAAAGUGUUGGAAGAUGCUUGCAAAAAUGAUGAAGAGCUUCGAAGUGUUCUUGGUGAUAGCAUUGGCAACCCUGAGCUCAUGAAGAAAAGGGUAAUGCCUCCUCCACUCCCUCUCUUUUUUUUUUUUAUUUAG